AACUAUUGAAAAUUAUUGAUAAUGCUUCGAGGAACAAUUAGAGUAAGUUUUAUCCUGAUUGUAAUUUCACAAUUAGUAAUAAAACAUGUAACUAGUAAUCCACGAAACUAUGAAGUAGUUACGCCUUUCAUGAUAUCAAGUGAUAUUAACGAAUUUUCACUCAAUUUAUACAAGAAAAUAAGUGAAGCUGAGAAUGGUAAUCUAAUUUCAUCACCAUUCAGUGUUUGGGUAUUACUCUCACUGUUGACUAUUGGUACAAAUAGAAUUACCAAAUUACAUUUAGAAUCGGUUUUGAAUCACAGACCAUCAGAUGAAUAUUAUACUGGAGUUCAACUAAUGAUCAAAAGUCUUAAGCUUGCUGGAAGUGCUGAAGUACAUUUAUCAAAUAAAAUUUUUGUAAACAAUUGGCUGAAAAUCCAUCAAAGAUUUCAGUAUCUUGGUAAAACAAUUUACGAUUCCAAUGCACAAUCUGUUGAUUUUAGAGACAGUUUGAUGACAUGCAAUAUCAUCAAUCAUUGGAUAACACAGAAUACGGAAGGAGCUAUUAAAGGAAUUGUCAGACCAGAUAAUCUUGAUCGGGAAACAAGUAUGAUGCUUGUAAGUGUGCUUUAUUUUGAGGGUAAAUGGGUCAAUCAAUUUGCACCAUACGGAACAAGAAAACGAUUAUUUUAUCUCGAAGAUGGAACAACCACAGAAAUACCCACAAUGUACUCUAGAAAUUAUUUUAAACAUAUAAUCGUAGAUUAUCUUGGUUUCACAAUUAUAGAACUUCCAUAUAAGAGCACCAAGUCUAUCAGCAUGUUUGUAAUAUAUCCCAAUCAACAUCAAAAUCUUCAUGCUGUUGAAGCGAGUUUGUUGAGUACUAACUUGCAAAAUCUAAUGAUGACAGUAGAAGCAAAAGACACUAUCUUCUAUCUUCCAAAAUUUACAAUUGAAUCAGAAAUUAAUCUUGAAAUUCCACUGAGAAAACUUGGGAUUCAUGAUAUAUUCGAAAAUUAUGCUGCUGAUUUUACAAAUUUUUCGAAUGAAUCAAUACAUGUUAGUAGUAUUAUACAAAAAGUUGUAAUUGAAGUGACGGAAACAGGCACCAUGGCGGCUGCUUUAUCGGAAGGACAACUUGAAUCAAGAAUGUCUUCUACCAAAAUAAUUAAUGUUAACCGACCUUUUUUAGUAUUUAUUUACUGUGAUGGUGUUAAUCUUUUUAAUGGUCGUGUUGUGAAUCCAGAAUAUCCACAAAAAAAUAUCAUAAAUCCUUUCUAGAGAAGAAGUUUUUCCGGACUUUUUCCGUCAGAAACAAUUUUUUUUAAUCAAAAAAAUCCAGAGGAAAACCCAACAAUCAUACCGGAAUUUAGUAAAAAAGAGUGAUAUUUAAGAAAAAAAAAAAUUACUAGAAAAUGUUAAAAAAAAAAUAUUUCGAAAAAUUAAGGGAAAAAAAUUUAUUUGUUAAGAGUAUACGGAGCAAGCAGCUAAUUGAUUUUUUUUUAUUUUAAUAUAAAUUUGGAAUAUUUAUUACAUUGGACAUUAAUAAAUUUAAAACUUCUGUUCAUUCCAUGUAUCAUACCUCGCAUAUCAUAUCUCAUCUGAGUUAUCAAAUAUUUAAAUA